UAAACAAAUAUCCACGGCACGAAGAUACAGCUGUCCAAAGGGGAGUUUAAUCGAUUUAAUGUUAAGAAAGUCAGAAAAUCCCUUAAGCCGUGCAGAACUCUCAAAGAACUCUGCAAAGUGCCACACAGAAAGAUGGAUGAAUGCAUAUAUUAUAUAUCUUCAACAUUAGAAAAGACUGUGAAAUGGGAGAAGAGUCGGUCAAAUAUGAACAUUAAAUGGGGGCAAUGUAGCAUUGUGUGGUGAUAUUAUGUUUAUACAGGGACACCAAUUAUCAAUAUUUUAUUGAAGUAUUAAAAAAUAUCAUAUUGCCAUCAGUUUAAAAAGGUCUGAUAAGGACUGGAUGGAUUAUGAUGUAGUCACAAUAACACCGUAAUAAAGACGAUUGCAAAAUAAGUAAUUUCUAUAUAACCCUUCCGUAAAUCCGGUUGAUUACAGCAUAUUUUCCAUUAGCAAAUGCUUAACUCAUCAUUUAUAUCUCAUUACUCCUCCUUAGUAUGCCAUUUAUAAAUACAGAUCUGAUACUAUGAUGAUGAUGAUUAAUGCUGGCAGUGAUGUAGUAGGAGUGACAGCUGUACAUAGUUACAGCAUGUACAGCAGUGAUAGCUGUACAUGCUGUAACAGUAACAGGUGGAUAAACAUAACACAAAUGGCAUGCUAAGGAGGAGUAAUGAAACACUUGCUAAUAAAGUGCUAAAAACACACAAACAGCAAAAUUAAGCGGCCAAUUUUCAUUUUAAUCUAAUUCUUUGGGGAAGUCAGUGGUGAAAGGAGCAAAAUGCACAGAGAUAAAUAAGAGCAUUCAUUACCAAGUACACUUAAAACUAUUGUAUGGUUAUGUAAGAGAGUAGCAAAGUUUUGUUGUUGUUGUUUUGUUUUUUUGCUACAACUUCCCUCUAGCAAAAACAUAUUCCCAGUAUGGCUCCUGGGUUUUCCAGCCCCAGUUUCUCUGAUCUGAUCUGCGUACUCUCACGGCAGUCACUCUCACACAGGCACAGAGGGAAACUACAUUUCCGCCUUCAUCUAAAGUCCGUCCCACAACGUGAAGUCCGCACUUCCUAAACGAUAACGCCGCAGCGCAAUGCGGCCAGCUGCUGGCUCUGAACGAACCCUUCGGAUCCCCGUUACAAAAAGUGACCCACGGCACACUGAGCCCGUGUCCAGCAGCACCUCCUCUCCGCGUCUCACCUGUUCGGAAAGGAGCCCUUCCAGUAUGUCAGGUAUUACAGCCAGUACAAUAAGCUACCUGUGGUCUGUAGACGAUGUCCUCGGGCAGGGGGCUACUGCCAGCGUCUACAAAGCACGCCAUAAGAGGUCGGGUGAAUUGGUGGCCGUCAAGGUGUUUAACAUAAUGAGCUACAACCGCCCCCACCAGGUCCAGAUGAGGGAGUUCGAGAUGCUCCGGAAGCUCAAUCACAGCAAUAUUAUCAAGCUAUUCACCGUGGAAGAGCUGCCCUCUAAACAGAAGGUGCUGGUGAUGGAGUAUUGUUCAGGAGGGAGUCUCCUAAGCCUGCUCGAGGAGCCGGAAAACGCCUUUGGUCUCGCUGAAACAGAGUUCCUCACAGUAUUGCAGUGUAUAGUGCAAGGUAUGAAUCACCUGCGGGAAAAUGGAGUGGUACACCGGGACAUUAAGCCAGGGAACAUAAUGCGGCAGGUUGGGGAGGACGGCAGGUCUGUUUACAAGCUGACAGACUUUGGAGCAGCAAGAGAGCUCGAAGAUGACGAGAAGUUUGUCUCCAUUUAUGGAACUGAAGAGUAUCUGCACCCAGACAUGUAUGAGCGCGCAGUGCUACGUAAGCCUCAUCAUAAAUCUUACGGGGUGAGUGUCGACCUGUGGAGUAUUGGUGUGACCUUAUACCACGCUGCCACUGGGAGUCUUCCCUUCACACCAUAUGAAGGACCACGAAGGAACAAGCCCAUUAUGUUCAAAAUAACCACAGAGAAACCUAUGGGGGCGAUAGCUGGAAUACAACGGAGAGAGGGCGGACCUAUAGACUGGAGCUAUCACCUACCUCACAGCUGCCAGCUGUCACAGGGUCUAAGGGUGCAGCUGGUUCCAGUACUAGCAGGUAUAAUGGAGGCUGACCAGGAAAAGUGUUGGUGCUUUGACCAGUUCUUCACAGCCACCACAGAUGUAUUGCAGCGGCAAGCAGUUCACCUCUUUUCUCUGCAGCAGGCCAUGGCACAUUGCAUCUACAUACACCACUACAACACAGUAUCAAUCUUCUUCGAAGAGGUGGCGUCUCAAACAGGUAUAGGGGUACAGCAACAACAUCACAUGUACCUCGGACAUGACCUGCUCUUGGAGGGCAGCAUGAAGGUGGUCAAUCUUCCACGAACUUCACCUUCUCAGCCCCUCAUUCUGCUCAGCUAUGCAACUGAUGAAGCAAACACCAGCCUGCCAUUCAGAGAACCAGAGAGUCCCGUCAUCCCGGCCAGGUUUGACAUCAUGGCAGAUUACAAUUUCUCCAAGAUUGUAGUAGGUGUAGUCCACCAGUAUCUGAGGAUAGUACGGCUGCUGCACACGCACCGGGAGUUGCUGCUGCAGGGAUAUUACAGCUACAUAAUGAAAUUGCGCAACAAGUGCAGAGAAGCCUUGCACAGUAUUGCCAUGGUCACCAUUAGACUGCAGUCCUGCCUCAAUGCAGAACACGGGAUUCGCACACUAGACCCUUACACUUCAGAAAAUCUAGGCUCAGCUGCUAAUGGUCAAAGGUUGCGGCAGGUUCAUCAACACCUACCUUUGUACAGUGCUGGUAUCCAAGAGUUUCAGAACCGACUUGAUCAACUGCAGAUAGAACAGGCCAAGUUGUCAGAGACUCUGGCCAAUGAUAAGAGCUGCCAGAAGAUAGAGAUGCUGCUACAGAAGAUAACAGCAAUUCAUCAGCAUUAUCGUAAAGACAGGCUGACUGGCAAGCUAGCAUACAAUGAUGAGCAAAUCCACAAGUUUGAGAAAAUCCACCUGUCGAGCCACAUUAAGCGAGUGAAAUCUCUGUUCAGAGAAGACUGUGUGCAGAGAUACAAAGAGGUUUUAGACUCAACAAGAACAUGGAACAGCCUUAUGCUGGAGCUGCAGACCCGACUGCAGGACUUCAGUUCUUUCUCUGCAGGCUUAAUAGCAGACUUAGAGAUGAGUGAGCAGUGCCAGAAUAAGGUUAUGGACAGAAUCCUUUACACUCUGCAGUCCAAAAGACCAGAACAACAGUCAGCAGUCAUACCCAAAGACAAUGACCAGAUGGUCUCCAGGAUGCACCAUUUGAAGGAGGAAAUGGAGAUUCUGGUGAGGGAGCUACAGUGUAACAACGGUAUUAUAGAGAGCCUGGGAGCCGUGAACUCUCCUGCAGCUCUGGAGCCGACUCUGGCCAGACCUUCUACACUGUGACACAAGACCACUGUCUCUGGAUCUUGCCUCUGAAAGGCGCACGCACACUCUCUAAAAAUCACCUCAUCUUAAGUGCCAUCAAUGAAUGUACUGGCCUUUCAAGGACCAUCUACAGUGUUUGUUUUUAUCUCUGCUUCCUCUUCCUUUAACAAUCAAUGAAACGUCUUUUAUCAAUUUAGAAAUAAGAUAAGCACAAAGAGAAAGGAGGAUAGGCUUCAGGUGUGUGUGUGUGUGUGUGUGUGUGUGUGUGUGUGUGUGUGGCUGAGUAUAGCAGUAAUAAGAUCAAUAAAAUCUUCAUUAAUGCCUUAAGUGUUAUUGUAUUUGUAAUAGGCUGCCAUAGAGAUAGACAGCCAGGAUCAAUGAAUGCAUAGUCAGCUCUUACUGUUUUUUGUGGUCCUUUGUUUCACAGAAGAGGAAGAGUAGGCUCUGGAGAACCUUGAAUAGUAUAUUUAUCCAGACAGAGUGUGUACUAGUAUGCAGGUUUUGAUUAUAUUUGGGAUAUAGAAACAUUAUUAAAAAACAGUAUAAAAUGUUUCUGUACAAAUCUGCUUAUAAACAGGGUAAUGGUU